ACUUUAACUUCAAAGCUUAAAAUACUGGAUCGUAGCAGGCUGCUCUUUUAAUUUCAGAGAAAUAUCUCUGCCUUGUAUUGCUUUCUCCACGGAGUAACACCGAAAAUUCAUCGAAAAUGAAACCCUUCAAGACCUCUUGGGCGGACGAAGUGGAGGCGGACUAUGUGGACGGUCUGCCGCCUUGUAGUGAGUACAUCGAGGGGGACUACAAGUACGUAACGGAGUACAAGUUCAACGACGACGGCAAGAAGGUGAAAGUGGUGCGCACCUUUAAGAUUGAAAAACAGGUGGUCUCCAAAGCGGUGGCUCGGCGACGUGGCUGGGUGAAGUUCGGGGACUCACGGCUGGACAAGCCGGGACCAAAUUCCCAGACCACCAUGGCCUCGGAGGAGAUCUUCAUGCUCUUCAUGGGCUCCAAGGAGUUCGAGCAGACACACGAAACCCAAAUGGACGCCGGCAAAAAUAUUGCCAAGUGUCGAAUCUGUAAUGGCGAGCACUGGAGUGUCAAUUGCCCUUACAAGGGCACUUCGAUGGACAGUAAGACCCUGAUGGAGAGUAAGGCCAAUGCAGCGGCGGCGGCUGCUUUGAAUGACCCGAGCAAACCGGGUAAGUAUGUGCCGCCGUUUAUGAAGGACGGCGCUGGAGGAGCCGGAGGCAAAGGCCGCGAACGGGACGAUUCGUCGGCGGUUCGUAUCUCCAAUUUAUCGGAAUCAAUGACCGAGACGGAUCUCGAGGAGCUGGUAAAGAAAAUCGGUCCGCACACUAAGAUGUACUUGGCCCGGGAGAAGAACACGGGACUGUGCAAGGGAUUCGCCUACGUGCACUUCAAAUUCCGUCAGGACGCAGCUGCAGCCAUCGAAAUCCUCAACGGACAUGGCUACGACCACUUGAUCCUCUGUGUCGAGUGGUCGAAACCGCAGCCAUGAAACGCGCAUCCUUUUGGACUUACUUCUCAACUUUAAUUCGAGAACGGAAAUGAGCCUCGGUUGGACCGAAAGAAAUUAAAAUAAAGUAUGGUGCAGUGAAAGAAAAUAAAUGGCCAGAUGCCCUAUGAUA